AUGUUAUUGUUUUAACAAGAGGAUUCUUAAAACAUCAGAUCCUUGCUUGACAGUAAGAAAUAUAUUUUAGAAUUCAGAUAGCAAAAACAAGCAAUAUCAGAUGGAAAACACAAAAUUCGAGACAAUUUGAAUGUGAUUACAAAAAAGGGAUGUAAAUACAACUUUGAAUCAUUUAUAAUAAAGAAUACAGAAUAAAUUUAAAAUUACAUGAGCUCUUUUGUUGGGUAUGUUAUCUCUAAUAAUAUAGAGUAAAUUUAGUGUCCAAUAUUGAUAUUACACUAUGGGCAUUUACAAAAUCAUCUGAAUUUAAUCAUAUGUAAUAGAAAAUAGAGUAAAACUCAGUUACUUUUGUGAUUUCUAUAGCUGCAUGUUAAAUAGCUCAAAUUACAUAAGUUCCUGAAUUAGCAGAAUUUAAUUAAAGUUUUAUUGAUUAACUAUCUACUCUACCAAUUGAAUAUUCAGUACCUUAAUAUUUGGAAUUCCUUUUUAAUUUUGAAACUCAUUAUACAACUGAUAAAGUUCUUGGAUCAAGAGUAGAUUAUGUAUAUACUUUCCCUCCUGGAAUUGUUGACGAUUUUGAUUAAAAAAAAUCUUAAGAAAUUGACUUAAAAAAAGCAUCAAUUAUUACAUUCGCUCUUUUAAAAAGAGUAAUAAGUUUAGCAGAUAUUGCCAAUAGAAGAGGAAGCUAAGGCUUAUAGUGAUAUAUCAAAAUUAAGUACAUCCAAAGAUUAGUUAAGAGAAACUGAAUUAAAACCUAAUUCUAUUAAAUAUACUUUAAAAAGCAUAAGUGAAUUAGUAUUAGUAGGAAAAGGAUAAAUUUCAUCAUUCAAAGAUUGAUUAUUAAAAAACUGGAUAGAAUUUAAAGUAAAUUAUUAAAUUGGCUACCCAGAAAAACCUUAACAGAUUAUGCAAGUUAUUGUAAUUAUAAGGAUAAAGAAAUGGAAAAUGUGAAACUAAUAAAAGCGAAAUUGGAUAAUGGGUGGAAUCUAAAAAGGUUUGUUUGAAUUUUUUAAAAGAUUUUGAUUGGAGAGGUCCUUGUACUUAAAAAUGCUCUUUUUAUAAAUUUAAAUCAAAAAUGCAUAAGAAUGCUUGA